GAGGGCGGUGGGCCCAGGUGUGGCCUGGCCGCCCGCGGCUAAUGGGCGCCGGGGGGACGCGGGGCAGGGAACGCACCUGCUGCACUCGGCCCGGCCCCGCCCGGAGGCUCGGGGGAGGCCCGGUUCCCCGGGGCGCCGCGGGGCGGGGCAGGCCGCGGCGGCAGCGGGUUCGGCCGGGUGCCGGCGCGGGGCGGGCGACACGCGCGUCUCUGCGGGCUGCGCGGGGUCCGCGGAGCGGCUGGGGGCGCGCGGCGCGGGCGCGGCGCUGGGCCGGGGGGCGCUCCCGGCCGGGAUGAGCUCACCGCAGUCGCGCCGGGGCUGAGCCGAGCCGGGCGGCGGCUCCGCGUCGGGCCGCGCGCCACCAUGCUGGGCCUGGACGCGUGCGAGCUGGGGGCGCAGCUGCUGGAGCUGCUCCGGCUGGCGCUCUGCGCCCGAGUCCUCCUGGCCGACAAGGAGGGUGGGCCAACACCACUGGAGGAGGCACUGGACGAGGCUGUGCCCGAGUACCAGGCACCUAGGAAGAAGAGCGUGCUGGAGAUCCGGCGACUGGACCCGGAGGAUGAGAGCCUCACCAAGUACAAGCGGGCGCUGCUGGGAACCGUGCCGCCUGCAGUGGAUCCCAGCCUGCCCAACGUGCAGGUGACCCGGCUGACGCUGAUGUCGGAGCAGGCUCCGGGGCCCAUCACCAUGGACCUCACAGGGGACCUGGCUGCGCUGAAAAGCCAGGCGUUCAUCCUGAAGGAGGGUGUUGAUUACCAGGUGAAGGUUACCUUCAAGGUCAACAAGGACAUCGUCAGUGGCCUCAAGUGUGUGCACCACACCUUCCGCCGGGGCCUGCGUGUGGACAGGGCUGUCUACAUGGUGGGCAGUUAUGGCCCCCGGGCCCAGGAGUACGAGUUCGUGACUCCAGUGGAGGAGGCACCGAGGGGCGCACUGGCACGGGGCCCCUACGUUGUCAGGUCCCUCUUCACGGACGACGACAGGACAGCCCACCUGUCCUGGGAGUGGGGCCUCCACGUCUGCCAGGACUGGAAGGGCUGACUCCUGCUCCAGCCCUUCUCCCCACCUCUGUCCACUGCUGCAAGGGACCCCAAGCUCUCCCAGCCCCUGGUCAGUGACCAGACCCCGCCCUCCCUCCGUCCUGCACCCUCGCCUGGCGCUGUGCCCCAUUAAACGUCGUCUCACUGCCCUCCGUGUGGCCUCUCUCU